GUUUAUUUUGCAAAUUAAAUAAUAUGAUCAACAAGAGAUCACGCCGUUUGCAGCAUUUGUUUAUGAUCGUUUUCAAACCGCAUGUCAGAUAUUAAAAACAUCCUUCUAGAUGGCGCCGUAGUCUACAACAAAAUUUUAUGAGUUCCAACUCCAACAGCUGAUGACGCUAGUGUCAAAAACGGCCGCCAUUUAAUAAAUUUCUGGUCACCGAGGAGAUGGCUUCGUCUCUUGAAAAUUUAGAAUCGCAACUAGAGUUGUUCGCCGAAAAUGUGCGCCAAAUACACAUAAUAGUCAGUGACUUUCAACCGCAGAGCCAGAAUGUAUUGAAUCAGAAACUCCAAUCACUUGUUCAUGGACUUCAAGAAGUUGACAAACUGAAAACCCAAGUUCAGGAGGUACAUGUUCCUCUAGAAGUAUUCGAUUAUAUAGACCAAGGGAGAAAUCCACAAUUGUAUACAAAGGACUGCAUUGAAAAGGCACUGGCAAAGAAUGAACAAGUCAAAGGAAAGAUUGAUGCAUACAGAAAGUUCAAAGCCAACAUGCUGCUGGAGUUAAGCAGAACCUUCCCCAAUGAACUGAACAAAUACAGAGCAUUGAGAAGUAAUAUCCCUGAAUAGUAAAGUAGAUUUAAGUUUUUAUUAUAUUGUGAAAUAUAUUAAGCUAGAUGUUAAUGUAAGGACGAUUAAAUACAAUUUGUAUAUAAAAA